CUGCUCCUCUGACGCACUCCGGUAGCUACGAUCACGCCUUACCUUCUCAUCCUUCCAUGCCCAUCAUAGGGUGACUCAUCCCUUAUAUCUACAUAAACUUUCAUCCGUCGUCAUCACAUUAAACCUGGCUAUCUGCUGAGUUUAAGAAGGUUCCCCGUCGCCUUUAUAACUAAAUAAAGACGGGUCUUGUCCCCUCGCUGCCUCUUCACGGUUAUUAUCCAAACGGUCUAUUUCCCCCCGGCAAAAUUAACCCGGAUUAUAUAUCGUCCGUUACCUCUGUAUCCCCCGUUUCCGCGUUUACCUCUGUUGGUUUGAUAUAGAGUGAGCGCGGCCGUGCGUCGGAUAUAUCAGUAAUGGACGCCCUGGAUUUCAAGUUUGCGAAUCCAGGCAUUCAAAAUUCCUUCCAACAGCCCUACCCUUACGCCUCGUCAAUAGCAUCCUCCGCCUCCUCGUCCUCCUCUUCUGUCUUUUCCUUCGACAGCCUCUCUUCCUCUCAGAGUUCAAUCUCGUCUUCCACCUCUUCGGUCGACAUCAUCUGGGAGAAUGAGGCGUCCAGCCAAUCAAAAUGCAGAGGAGUGAAAGUUGAGUCUGGUUCACGCUGCAUUCAAGGUCAAAAGAGUUACGCUGUUAAGGCCACGGAAACUUUGGUGGCGCCUGAGCUUCGCCAACAUCCCAGACGGAGCUAUCGCUCUGAUGCAUCAGCACUCGGGUCGCGCUGUGCUCGACCACCACCUCCAUUAACACGCGCAUCUCAGCGGAGAGUCAAUUUUGUUGAUCACCUUGUCGACUCCGCUGCGCAAAUUGUCGAAACCAUAUGGCCACUUUCCGUCGUGGCUGCCCGUAGUGACUCCGCUCUUGGCUGCAAAGGAGUCCUACCCCUCCGAAGUUUUAUUCAGGAGACUCUCCGCCGUUCUCGCACCAGCUACUCUACGCUACAAGUCGCGCUAUACUAUCUUAUCCUGAUCAAGCCACGCAUCCCAACGCAUGACUUUACUAUGGAGCAGUCGGGAGCCCAGCAAUGCUCACGUGCUAUGCAGUGUGGGCGACGAAUGUUUCUCUCGGCCCUCAUUUUAGCUUCAAAGUAUCUCCAGGAUAGAAAUUAUUCCGCUCGGGCUUGGAGCAAGAUUUCCGGUUUGAGUACCACGGAAAUCAAUCAGAACGAAUUGAUUUUCCUCAAUGCAGUUGCAUGGAGACUACAUAUUUCGGAGCCUGUCUUUCAGCGGUGGUCUGAUAUCGUCCUACGCUAUACUUCUUCUACCGAUGGUGCUUUUAACGGUGACGGUCUUUCUUGGCGGUCCAUCAUCCCGUCUCUCACCCCUGAGCUUGAUACCAUUGAUUUGGAUCCUGUUCGGAACGGGCCCGUUUCAAUUCAAGAUCUGCUCUCCCCCGUUACGACCCCAUCUCCAAGUCGCUCUCCCGUUUCUGGAUGUCAAUAUCAACCUUCGACAUACGAUCAAACUCCGACUUAUUCGCACAGUCGCGGUGUCCAGAGCACUCUGGGUGUGGAGUCGGCACAGGAAUUGCGGUUGCCAUCUCUCCCAAAGCUUGGUGUUCUUCCAACCCCACAGAUGAGCCCACAGAGCGUUUCCUACAGCACUCCUGCAGCGGGUGCUGUUUCAUUCACUCCUCGUGGGCCGUCUAUGACUUGCGCCAUGCGACAAGCACAGAGGUGUGCUCAACGUACAACUCUCGACCAGCGACCACCGUUACGUGCGUUUAAUAAUAAACCAGCUUCCUACGAGUCGUAUCCUCUCAGCACUCGGCGUUCGUCUCUUGCUCGCUCCUCCACGUCGUCUCCGGAGUCGAUGAUAUCCGAUGUUCCAUCCUUGGCUUCUUCACUGUCCAGCCGAUCCUCUCGGUCCUCCUCUAUUUCUUCUGUUGCGUCGGGAACCUGCGCGCCCACCCUGCCUCGCUUGGCUACUCGGGCGAUGCGUCGCGGGGCAAACAAGGAGAAUAGGAAGCCGCUCGCUAUCGGGUCGCCAAUCGACGAAGGACCUUACCAGGAUAUUAUUUAUACUUCACCCGAGCCUAUGUCCGCUUCCAGCGUCAACGUUCCAGAUCUGACCAACUUCUCUCUGUGCACGCCAGUUGACAAGGCUCAUGAAGCGGCUCAGAGCCUUUGCGAGCUCUCUGCCGCCGCUCCUCGCUCCACUCCAUCUCUGUCUGCUUCAAGCUCGCCUAACCGGAUGUCCCGAAAGCGUGGACGUACUAACAGCUCUACUGGGAUGGUUCUACAGCACCAUGUUCGUAACCUCAUAUCUUUGGAUGCCAGAAAAGACGAGGAUGUUAGCAUCUAUGUCGUCCCGGACAAUCGGGUUGCUGACUCGUUCUUAAUUCCACAGCCCAAAGCUGUGCAAUCCCCUGCGCGAUGCUCAUUUGGUGGUCUCCGGUUUCCCCUGCCACUGUCGUUCCCUAUGGAGACUGGGAGCAUGAAGCGUGCAUGCUGUGGAACAGAAGCAACACAAGUUCCCUGGGGUAUGAGCAGUGCAUCAGCAGAGAGUGUGGUGGAUAUGGUGGACUAGACCAAGCCUGUCUAUCCAUCCACCUGCUUUCAUGUGGAUGCUUGUUUAAUCCAUGGGGAUGGCAUGUCUUGAUGGUCAAGGUACAACAUUUCCACUUAAUCUGUAACCUUGUUUCCCAACUUCCCUGGAUUCUUUGGUGUUUGUAUGAUGGAGCAUUUCGUAAACCUUAUGGAAGGUUUGCUUGUUUGUGUUGAUUCUUUUAUCUAGCAUUUUGUUUCGAUCCCCUCUUUUCCCCCCUUGUAUCUUUUCCCUAUUUGUUCCUCUCGCCAUGUGAUCUCUCAAUGAAGUUGCAAGAAUCAUUGCGCCGUGAGUGAGCGGACACAGGAGCAUGAAGGAGUAUGGGAGUCCCUAUGGAACUGAAAGGAAUUCCCCGGCACGAUGAGAUGCUACUAUCUCAAUUUCGUAUUGUAUAUAGCAUACCUGUGGCAUCUUUUAGGUAUCUACGUACCUGCCUGCAUGCUUACUGGUCACCCUGACUGACGAACCGAACGAACAACAAACAAGCAUGAGACUUAGCUGUCUAACAACGUAUUAACCUUAGUAUAGAUAGCUAGCCAUCUACCUCAAUGACACUACUAACUUUAGAU